UUUAAUAAUUUAUUUAAAAACAUUUUAUUUUAUUGCAGUUUUGGUAAUUUGAGUACUUAGAUUAAACUUAUUUUUCUUAAUUUAUUACCCAAAGCAAUGUUUUAAUUGUGAGCUUUUCAUCUAGUAUAAACAUAUAUUUAACCCUCUGGUUGUGUUCGGGUCACUUUGACCUGAACAUUUUCUUUUUCCCAAAAAUACUAGUUAAUGUUUUUGCAGUGGACUUAAACUUACUGACUUUGUUUAAGUACUUCUCAGGGGGUUUAAGUUCUUCUCAGGGGGUUUACUCAAAAAAUGAUUGUAGAGAUUUAGGAAGAGGUGCCAUUAUGCUUUUUCAACUUUAUUUAGGGCCUGUUUACACUAGUGCAUUUUCAUUUUAAAACACAAAACUUUCGCUAUGAUUAUCGUUUACACUACUCCGGCGUUUUCCACGUUCGAAAAUGGAGACUUUUGAAAACAAUGCUGACCCUGUUUUAGUUUGAAAACUCUGGGGUUGCGUUUCAGUGUAAACAGACCAAAAUGGAGACUUUUAAAGGAACACUCCGAAUUUUUGGGACUUUAGCUUAUUCACAGUACCCCCCAGAGUUAGAUAAGUCCAUACUUACCUUUUUCAUUUCUGGAUUGGACUGUAUGUAAAUGGAUACUGGUAGCAUAGUAAUCCCAAUAAGCGACAAAAUAAUGCAAACAUUUUCCUAUUUACAUGUUGUGAUCUGUAUAGUCACAGCGUGUACAAGGCUAUAUGAGACAGAGACCAUUUUUAAUCGUACAAAUACUGGGAACUAUAUUCUCACUAGGCGUAGGAGCACAGCUAAUGUUACUUGGGCGGAGUGAUUAGCGCAGCACACGAGACGCCCUGUUGAUAGUUCCGUAAACAAAACAAAUGUGACUAACUAGCUAGACGUGACUCGUGAUCAUGGCUGACUUUGAGGAAUUGUCAGACUCAGAGGAAUUUUACUGUGUAUCAAACCAAGAUCCGGAACCAUAUAUUUUUGAGCCAGAAUACACAGACGAGGAGUUACAAACUUUGGAAGCUGUUAGACGAAGGGAGAAUCAGGAGUAACACGGACUGGUGCUGUGUAAAUGUGGAACAUGCCAACCUAUGCCGACAGAAACCGAGUGCCUUUGUUGUAAUGAAUGGGGCUGGGUAUUGCCAUCAAUGUCAAGGCUUGAUGACAAUCUAAAUAUUUGCGUCACUGCCACGGAAGAUUUCUCUGCCCUAAUACACCUGCGGCAUUUGUUGUUUUUUUCCCAUUGUGACAAGAUCAACUGGAAGAAACGCCCCAUGCCGAGUGAACUUAAUGGUCAGCUGUCCACCAAGUUUGAUUUUUGUGCUGUUGAGUCCGAGAAGCGUCCAUCUGAGAACUUGGGUCAGGUGCUGUUUGGAGAAAGAAUUGAGCUGUCCCCGUAUAAGUUUUCCUUCAAGAAGGAUUUGGAGUGCCAGAGUGUCUGUCUUAAAUCUUACAACACAGAAAAAGCUGAGGAAAAAGCCAAGCUGGACUUUCUCAAGAAGGGAAUGCUCCUCAAUUACCAACACCACUGGAUCGUCGAUAAUAUGCCGGUGACCUGGUGUUACGAUGUGGAGGACAAUCAGAAGUUCUGUAAUCCAGGGUUCCCCAUUGGUUGCUAUGUCACUGAUACGGGACGGCCCAAAGAUGCCUGCGUAGUCAGCGCCGACUUCAAUGACAAAGACACCUUCUACAUCUUCAACCAUGUGGACAUCACCAUUUUCUACCACGUGGUGGAGAACGAGGCGGCUGGUGCCAGACUGGUUGCAGCUAAAUUAGAGCCCAAAAGCUAUAAAUGCACCAACCUGGAGAAACCAGACUGCAACGGACCUCCCAUGAGUCUGAACAAAAAGUUUAAAGGAGAAGUCAAGAUUCCCUACACUUACUCCGUCAAGUUUGUGGAGGACAAACAGAUUCGCUGGGCCUCUAGAUGGGAUUAUAUUCUUGAGUCUAUGCCACACACCAACAUUCAGUGGUUCAGUAUCAUGAACUCUUUGGUCAUCGUACUCUUCCUCUCGGGGAUGGUUGCUAUGAUCAUUCUCCGAACACUCCAUAAAGACAUCGGCCGAUACAACCAGAUGGACUCUGUGGAGGAUGCCCAGGAGGAAUUUGGCUGGAAGCUUGUUCACGGAGAUGUCUUCAGGCCUCCCAGGAAAGGCAUGCUGCUGUCUGUGUUCCUGGGCUCUGGGACUCAGAUCUUCAUCAUGACCUUUGUUACUCUCUUUUUUGCCUGUUUGGGCUUCCUGUCACCUGCCAAUCGUGGGGCUCUGAUGACGUGUGCAGUGGUGUUGUGGGUGCUCCUGGGUACUCCAGCUGGUUAUGUGGCUGCCCGCUACUACAAAUCCUUCGAUGGGGAGAAGUGGAAGACCAAUGUUCUGCUGACAGCAUUUCUUUGUCCAGGGGUGGUGUUUGCAGAUUUUUUCGAAAUGAAUCUGAUUUUGUGGGGCGAGGGUUCAUCAGCUGCCAUGCCCUUUGGUACUCUGGUGGCCAUCCUGGCUCUGUGGUUCUGUGUCUCAGUGCCCCUCACCUUUAUUGGAGCAUACUUUGGUUUUAAGAAGACCGGCAUUGAACAUCCUGUGCGGACCAAUCAGAUCCCCAGACAGAUUCCAGAGCAGUCCUUCUACACCAAACCUCUUCCUGGCAUUGUCAUGGGUGGAAUCCUGCCAUUCGGCUGCAUCUACAUCCAGCUGUUCUUCAUCCUCAACAGCAUUUGGUCUCAUCAGAUGUACUAUAUGUUCGGCUUCCUCUUCCUGGUCUUUAUCAUCCUGGUCAUCACCUGUUCUGAGGCCACCAUCCUGCUGUGCUACUUCCACCUGUGUGCUGAGGACUAUCACUGGCAGUGGCGCUCCUUCCUCACCAGCGGAUUCACAGCUGUUUAUUUCCUGGUCUAUGCCAUCCAUUACUUCUUCUCUAAACUGCAGAUCAGUGGGCUCGCCAGCACCAUUCUUUACUUCGGCUACACCAUGAUCAUGGCACUCAUCUUCUUCCUCUUCACAGGUACAAUUGGAUUCUUUGCCUGCUUUUGGUUUGUCACCAAGAUCUACAGCGUGGUCAAAGUGGAUGAAAUGAAAGCAAUCUUACGUGAGACUGAACUCUUCUCCGCCAAAUGUGAGAUCCCAGAGAGGGACCUGAGCGCUGGUUAACUUUAUGAGUUACCACAGCGACUCUGCUUUACAUCAACAACUCUGAAUCAACAAAUUCCAAAGUCUUUUUAAUUGUUAGGUCUUUUUUUUUUUUUUUCUUGUUUCCGUUCAUGCCUCAACACAUUUUGUGCCUCGUUAUCACAGAAAAAACAAAAGCCUUUUUUUCUUUUCUUUUUUUUAGAACAGGUUUGUGAAAAUGUGAAGUUCCCCAUACAUACACAGGUGCACUGCAGCGAAAUGAUUUUCUUUGUAUAUAUGCACAGCAUUUAACCUGUUAGCCUGCACCAGAACGCCCUCGUCCUCAAAGCCUCUCCACUCGCACGUGUCAGUGAUUAUGAAUAGAUUAAAUGAAACGGGACAAAUUUAAUCUUGACAAACUAUGUAUCAUUAUAAAGAUCUAAGCCUCAAGCAUCGACCACAGAUCGCUGUUUUUCAAUGGAAAGCUUAUAAAGACUGUAUUUGCUACAUUUGUGGUAAGCAGUACACAUACAAACAUGAACACUAGAAACGCUGUACAUACCAGAUCCGUCGUAAUAACGAGUCAUAAACACAUCCACAGCUGUAAAUCCCGGUUUAGUUAGAAAGGUAAGGGUCCACUGAACGACAUCUCAUGGAGCACGUUUAGUCCAACGAAGCAAUAACAUUGUAACAUGGAUCAUAAUUCCUUUGUUUACAUUUAAUUUCUUCAGCGACAGAAUUGUUUGCGUCCGUUAUGGAAUAACUCAUGGUCGGAAACUGCGUCUUGGUAGUAAAAACACGGCAUGGUUUUGCAGCGUACAGUGUCACAAACAGAAUGAGGCGAUCGAUUGGAAAAAAGAAUGAACGAAAAAUAGGCGGAAGAUAGUUUACUUGAAUUUGGCGCUCUCUCCUGAGAGCAUGUUACGCGCUCUGACGCACCUGUCAGCUGAUGGAGGCGGAGCUUAUAGCUAUCGCAUUUUCCCUUGUUUCUUUUAUUUUUAAACAGUUUUUAUAUAUGUAAGAGUGUGUUUUAUGUUGAAUGUGAUUGUAUCUGCAUGAUUACCAUUUGUUUGAUUGCAAAUCAGCCCAAAUCAGCUCGCUAUUACUGUAUGAACACGGCUAUCAAAGUGAAUGUGUCUAUAUCAAUAGAGAGAGUGGAUUAUUUACUUUUGGCACAUUUGUGUUAUUACCAUCUGUAUGAGUGGCCAUCAGCACUUAUUUGCAUCGUAAAUCAUUGUAAAAUAUGCAUCUCUAGCAAACUCAGGAUGUUCUGUAAUUGGCAAACAAAGUUAAAUCUUUUUUUAUUUUUCUUAUUAUUUUUCUUACUCAAAUUAUUCUUAUUGUAUUUUUCUAGUGCUCAAAUAAAUCACUUAUAUGAUG